AUGCGUGAGAUUGUACACGUUCAAGCUGGCCAAUGUGGCAACCAAAUUGGCUCUGCGUUCUGGCAGACUAUUUCGGGUGAGCACGGUUUGGACAGCAGUGGAGUAUACAACGGGGUUUCCGAGUUACAGCGUGCGCGCUUGGAUGUUUAUUUCAACGAGACGUCCAGUAAUAAGUAUGUGCCGCGUGCCGUGCUCGUUGACCUGGAACCUGGUACAAUGGAUGCAGUGCGGUCGGGUCGACUUAGCGAGCUCUUUCGUCCUGACAACUUUGUGUUCGGACAAUCAGGCGCUGGUAAUAAUUGGGCCAAAGGCCACUACACCGAAGGCGCUGAAUUGGUCGACCAGGUAAUUGAUGUCGUUCGCCGUGAGGCCGAAAGCUGCGAUUCUCUUCAAGGCUUCCAAAUCACGCACUCGCUUGGCGGCGGUACAGGCUCCGGAAUGGGCACGUUACUUAUUUCCAAGAUUCGUGAAGAGUUCCCAGACCGGAUGAUGGCUACCUUCAGUGUGGUACCAUCUCCAAAGGUGUCUGAUACUGUCGUGGAGCCGUAUAAUGCUACGCUUUCGAUGAAUCAACUAGUUGAAAACUCGGAUGCGACUUUCUGUAUCGAUAACGAGGCUCUCUAUGAUAUCUGCAAGGGGACCCUGAAGUUGACAAAUCCUUCUUAUGGCGACCUCAAUCACCUCGUAUCAGCGGUUAUGUCUGGCGUGUCAACGUCCCUACGUUUUCCUGGACAGCUAAACUCCGACCUUCGUAAAAUGGCUGUUAAUUUGGUUCCGUUCCCACGUCUGCAUUUCUUCAUGGUUGGCUUUGCGCCUCUUACUGGCCGGGGCUCCCAUUCAUUCAGUGCCGUCUCUAUCCCCGAGCUUACGCAGCAGAUGUUUAACCCGAGGAAUAUGAUGACGGGGUCUGACUUUCGAAACGGCCGAUAUUUGACCUGCGCUGCUAUCUUUCGCGGGAAGGUGUCUGCUAAGGAAAUAGAAGACCAGAUGCAUAAGGCCCAGCAAAGGAACUCGUCUUACUUUGUUGAAUGGAUCCCGAACAACGUCCAAACCAGUCUAUGCUCUGUCCCGCCCCAGGGUUUAGAGAUGUCGUCUACUUUCGUCGGUAACUCAACUGCCAUUCAAGAGGUCUUUAAACGCAUCGGCGAUCAAUUUAGCCUUAUGUUUCGCCGCAAGGCUUUCUUACACUGGUAUACCGGUGAAGGCAUGGAUGAGAUGGAAUUCACAGAGGCUGAAUCUAACAUGAACGACCUGGUAUCAGAGUAUCAGCAGUAUCAGGAUGCAGGUAUCGACGACGGCUAUGAAGAGGAGGGAUAUGACGAAGAGGAGAUCCCCGACGAGGUUGACGAGCUUGAUGAGUAG